AGUAACCAAGAAUUAUCCAUUAUGACUAGAUCUUCAUUAAUUUUAUUACAUUUUUUAGCUUGUUUGAAACUUAUUUACUCAAAUGAGUAUCAUAAAAUAGUUAUAAUUGGCGCAGGUGCAUCUGGACUUGCUACUGGUGUAAGACUUUUAGAAAAUAACAUUGAUGACUUUUUAAUAUUAGAAGCCGAACCGAGAAUUGGUGGAAGAGUAAAAACUGUUAAUUUCGAUGGUCAAAACGUAGACUUGGGUGCAGAAUAUUGUGACCGAGAAAAGGGAAAUAUUAUCUAUGAGGAUCUUAAAAGAAGAACUUGUUGAGUCUUUUGGAAAGUGUCGAUCCAGCAAAGAAAUUUUAUUUAUCUUCUCAAAAGAACAUAAGUAAAGAAUUUGGUAAAGAGAUUUUUGAUGAUAUUGACAUUGAUCUUUUUAUUGAAGGAGAUUUUCAGAACAGCACUGAAAGUAAUUCGACUGAGGUUCUAGGACGAUUUAAAGAAAUAUUCUUAAAAAAGUAUCAGAUUGCAAAUUUUGUGGACGCCGAAGGAAACCACUUACUACGAUGGAAGGGAAACGGUUAUAAGAUAUAUCUCGAUGUUCUAACAAAAAAAUACCCAAAUCCAGAAAAAGAACUUCCGGUAAAAAACAAAAUUCUUUUAAAUAAAGAAGUUACUAAAAUUACCGUAAACUCCUCUAACAAUAAGGUGAACAUUGUAUGCUCUGAUGGAUCUACAUACGAAGCAAAACAUUUAAUAUUUACACCAUCUUUGGGAGUUUUAAAAGCAAAAGCAAACCAUAUAUUUAAUCCAAAACUACCACAAAAUAAAUUACAAGCUAUAGAAAAUAUAGGAUAUGGUGUUAUUGGGAAAGUAUUUCUUAAGUACGAGACAAAGUGGUGGGGUGAUUUACCGGGUUUUACUUUAUUGUGGAACAAAGAAGAUUUAGAAUCUUCAAAAGAAAAAUUUCCAGAAGGACCUAUCACUAGCGAUGGAGGCUCUUGGAUUACUGGACUUUCUAAUAUUAUAGCUAUACCCAAUACUAAUUUGCUCUUGGUGUGGCUCAGUGAAGAAAUUGUUCCGGCCGUAGAAACCAUGGACGAACAAAUGUUGAAGAAUGGUAUUUACUAUACAUUAAAUAUGUUUUUGGGAAAUAAGUUUGAUAUACCGAAAAAUCCUAAAUUAUUAAGGUCUAACUGGUACAACAGUCCCAAUUUCCGAGGUAGUUAUUCGUACACAUCAAGGAAAACCAGACCAGAAGAUAGACAGCAUUUGCUAGAACCUAUUACUACUAAUGAUGGUCGGCCCAUCAUUCAGUUUUCUGGCGAAGCUACAAAUCGUGUUCAUCCUGCGUCUGUGCAUGGUGCUAUAGAGUCUGGUUAUAGAGAAGCGGAAAGGCUUAUGAAGUUUUUAAAAGGAAAUUAGAGUUAAAUUAGACUUGAAAUUAACACUAUAUAAAAAAUUGUAUUGACAAAACUUUGUGCAAAAACAAUUUUGCAUAAAUUAUAAAAAAAUAAAGAAGUGAAACUAAAAACCUUUUAAU